AUGACUUAUAUCUUCAGUCCUGCCUCGAGCGCGUUGACUUCGCGGGCAGCUGCUGAGUGCAUUCGGGAUGAAACAUGCACGACCUGCAGUGCGGUCGGAGCUCAGGAAGCAGAUUCCAUGAACGUGAUAUGGUUUGGUGUUGCAUCAGAUAGAGUUGGGCCGGCCAAAAUAAUGCGGGGAAAGAGCGCAGUGGGCACGCAGCAGGCCUCCUUCCCGUAUCUCCACGGGAGUCUGGAGAUACCACGUCCGGCGACGGAGGCGGUGCAGAUAUCCUCAGUUUUUCCGCUUCGAUCGUCAUGGGCCAACGAGGCGACAGCCCACGGUGAGAGAUCUGCGCUGGAUUACAAGGUCGGCGGCAAGAAAAUCGGCCUGGCAGCGGCGCCACACGUUAGCGGGCGCCUCCAGCCAGGGUCAACAUCGAAAUCCCAUCCCAAGAAGCGUCGGCACCCUCCUUUACCAAUCAAGAGCGCGGAAAUGGAUAUACAUGCCACUUGUAGCCAAGCGCCGAUCCGUCUCGAAGUAUCUCCGCAGCGAAGACCUCAAAUUGCAGGACGGCGACGUGAUCCGUUGAUGGGACGGACGAUGCAGACGACGGGAGAUUGGCAGUGUCUUAACGCCGUGGGAAGUCUGAUCUCCGGUUUGCCGCCAGGGAAAGUUCAGUCGCGCGCGAAGCAGUUCAAGGCAAAGCAUGGAGGUAUCCACUGUUACAGCUUCGCCAUUGUUGCAACGACGCGUCGGACAUGCCCCCCGGAAUGA